AUGAAGACAAAUUUGGGGAAAUCCAGUAACAAUACUCAGAAUUCAUUCCAAGGAGAUGUAGAAGACACUUUUAAUGAUAAAGAAAACAAGAAAAAUAUCUGAAAUAUUGCGAGAAGCUUAAUCAAGAACCCCAAAGAGAAAAUCAAAGGACUAAAGACUUUAAAUAGUGAUCAUUUCCUGAAUAAUUUUGAGGAUAUUCGGACUCUUACUCAGGAAGCAUCAAUUCCAAGACCUUUGGAGGAUAAAAUUAGUUCCAAACAUGAAGAAUCAAAGUAUGGCGAUGAGCCAACUACACUUCCUACUGAACUGCUACCUCUGAACCAGAUGAUUCAGAAUACUAAGAUAUCAGAAAUACCAGAAUACAGCAGUACUACUGAUUACAAGAGAAUGUUUUGGGAAGUAUACUCCUCAAACCAACUGAUGCUUCAAGAAUUACAAGAAGAGUUAGGGAAUUAUCAAAAGAUUUUGGCCAACCAUCUUGAUAAUUUAAAGACACCUUCAAACUAUUCUGAGAGCUUCGGUGAAAACAUCGGCAGGAAAUAAGCACAUUCGGAGAACUUCUAAGGAGAUCACUAAGAAUCAAAAUUGCCCAUACCAAGGGUGUGGUAAAGUAUAUGGGUCAGAAGGAUCACUAAACCUGCAUAUGAAGCUCAAACACGGUGGUGGCAACAAGACUGAUAGAGAGAAACUGUCAGUAAGUUUUCAUCAAUUUGUAUUAUCGGCUAAACUUGACAUAGAAAGCUCUUGUUAUUCAAUAUGGCAGCCGAAAGGACCUUCCUUCUGAAAUUACCAUUAAUCUUCCUCCAGGGCUCCUUGAGGACAUUUGCAAAGAGUACAGCAUCAGUUUAACGAAGAACCAGUUGAAUGAGCUUCAAGCACAAGCAGAAAUAGGAUUCAAGGCUUAUUGUGCCAAAUGUGAGAAGGAUGGUUCUCUCGAUCCUUCUACUGGCUUACCCUAUGUCAGCAAAGACUAAUUCAUCAGGUUCUGUGCAUUCCAUUUUCACCCGAAUGGUUAUGCUUUACAUCAGAAUCCUAAAAUUCCCAAUCCCCCUCCAAAAUCCUUCUUCAUCACCCAUUCCUCUCCUUACUUAUCCAUUCACUAUAAUUCAGAAAUUAAUUAGUUUGUU